AUGACUUUUCAGGUGAAAUGUGGAUCGUUGGUUGCCAAAAUGCAUGUGGAAUUGUUUCUCUGCCCAGGCAUCCAUCAACCGUGCAUUGAGUUCGAAAAAGAAAUGAUUACGCCAAAGGAGUUCACAGUGAGAGCUAAUAAAGACAAGCAGAAGGAUUGGAAAGGCAGCAUAAGAAUAGGAAAAUCGAACUUGAGAUCGUUGAUGGAAAUGCAUUCUUUUGACUUCUUCAACCAUUCACACUUCUGUUCGGCAAAAUGUCAGAGUCGCAAUUACAUCACACCGAAGGCAAGGGACUCCGAUAAAGGAAGAAGGAGGAGUAGUACUUCACAAGCUGAGACCAAUACUGUUCAAAUAUCGGAGCUAUUCAGCUCGCGUCUUUUUGCUUCAACUGGUUGCCGUCUUGAGCCGAUCUCCUUCUGGAACGAGAUGAAUAAGUUUGGAUUGUUAGACCAACUUGUCGAUCAGCUACUGGAAUGCCUCUCCAAUGUGAAAUGUGCUGCUAAGACUGGUGGCCUUGCUUGGGCAGCUCCAGCACUAACACGCGUCGUUUCUGUGCUGAAUAUGGGCGAUCAGCUGGUGAACAGUAUCAACUCUAAACCAAUCGGGGAGUCACACUUAAGCAAGCCACGUCUAUCCAUGGAUUCAGUAUACAACGGCAAUCGAAAGCGUUCCUUAGAUGAGUCAUCUCAAAGCUCUCUGUCUCGAUACUCACCAGACGUCAAACGUCCUCGAGUACAGUAUCCUACAAGCGUAAUGACGGCACUGGAUAUGGAUCCCCGUGUGCUACAGGCACUUGCGCAAGCACAACUUCGCCUCAGCCAUGAAACUGAGAGAACAUUCAUGCAAAGCAUGAUGCCAUUAACUAUUCCUGGAGCACUGCCAACACCAACGUUCGACUAA